AUUACUAUGAAAAGCCAGCAUACUUUUGAAGUAAAGAAUGCUUACAACGGAACAAAUGAGGAAGAACCUGGGCUUUUAAUCUACAGAAAUACAUUUAAAGGGAACUCUUCAAGACCUUUUACUUCUAUUGAAUCAGGAGAUGACCCUGAUUCAGAGACAAGUCGGUUUGAAAAGUAUAAAAACUCAUUCCAGAACACGAAGAUUAGGAAUCUGAGCCAGAGUGGGAAUAUGAACAAGACUUUAACCAAUGUUAAACACUUUUUGGGUAACAAAACUAUUUUUAUCAAUGAGACUCAAGAGGGUACUGAAGAAAAUUAUUAUCUUCAGUCUAAAAGGAAAACAGUCUUGGAAACUAUCAAUAAGCAUCAUAAUAUAAUAAAAGAUCUCUUAAACAAAAGCCAAAUUAAAAAGUUUAAGUUUAAGAGGAAUCGAAACAAAAAUGCUUAUAAUGAUCUGAUGAAGUCCGAAGACUUCAACGCAGAAAAUUAUCAAACAAGUGAUUGAGGCAAAUCCAUUGAACCUUCAGGUCAAGAUUUCAAACAGGAAGAAGUAGAACCUUUCCAAACAGUUCAAACCGCUCUCCAAAAGCGAAAGAAUUGUAUAAUUUUCAAGCCAAGGCCAAAACUAAGUCAUCUCCAGAACAAAAGGAGCCAUUCGAUAAAUUACAGCCACCAAGUCCCUUACUUGCACUCAAAAAUCUCGAAUGCAAAGAGAAUUUUUCAAAAAUAGGUUGCCAAAGAGAGGAUCUUCUCUUAACAAAUCAUUCAAAAAGGUGGGCUUGUCCAACCUUUUCAUCAAGAAUAAAGAAGCUGUUCUUCAUCAUAGAAAGGCUCCGAGUUUGACCAAGAAAUGGGACAAUAUUGUCUUGAUGAGCGAGAUCAGCCAGAGCUAUGUUAAUAUUGACCUCUUUAACUCAAGUUUAACUUCGAUGAGGGGUCAGAAUCAGAAUAAGAAGCAUAGAUGAGCAUCCAAGGUCUGUAGCAGGAAUAUGCCUAAUAAGAGGAAUAUCCCAAUUAAAGAAAUACAAGCAAAUAACAACUACAAACAACUCUCUAAAAGCUUAAGAAGGGAGUCAAGAAUGGUUGGGCCAAGUGAUGAAAUAGCAGAAACUUAUUUUCCUGAUUCUAGUAAUUUUCAGAUUGAUCAAAAUUCGAGAGAGGCCUGUUCUAUUAAUAGAUCAAUUCAAAAGGUAGAUACUUAUGAGUCGUUAAAUGUUGAGCAGGUCAAAGAUCAUCAGCAGACUGAUUCAAAUCAUUCAUUUUUUUAAGUAUCCGAAAUAUAAUCACGGAUAAAAUCAACAAUUU